AUGUCAGCUCAACCAACUGAACAGCCUGUUGUUCCCGCACUCGGAGCUAGACCGUCGACUUCCUCACUCGAUGUUUCUGAGGAUCGUGCGAACGAGGACAAGAAUUCUGACCACGGGGAAAAAGAUGGCUGUCAGGCUGAAGAUGGUUUCACCAAGAAGGACACGCAUAGCAUCGGUAGCAAGUCGAAAGGUGUCAUAGGGAUGGAAGCCUUGCAAAGCAAGAUGAACAACCAAUGGCAAAUAGUCCUGUAUACCUUCUUCAUGUUUGCAUCUUACAGUCUGAGCUUGGAUCAAAGCACCGCUACUGUUUACCUUAACUACGCCGUUUCCAAGGGUUUCAAAUUGCACUCUUUACAAGCCUCUGUCUCCGUCGUCACCUCGAUCUUCUCCGUCAUGUCUCCCACUCCUAUCGCCAAGUUUGCUGAUUACUUUGGUCGUCUGUAUGCCGAAGUAGCCUGUUUGAUUUUCUACACCGUUGGACAAGCUGUCAUGGCCUCCGCAAAAGGCAUUGUGCAAUUUUCAGCUGGUAGCGCCAUCCACACUUUGGGUAUCUCCGGCUUGUUCAUGCUUCACAAUAUCGUCAUCUCCGAUAUCUCCUCAUUGAGAAAUAGAUCCUGGUGGCAUGUCGCUCCUUCCGUACCUCAGGUUUUUAAUUCCAUUCUGGGUGCUGAUGUAGCCAAGUCCAUGCUGGGUUAUGGAAAUGAGUAUACUUCGUGGCGAUGGGGUAUUGCCAUGUUUUGCAUCCUUAUCCCACCCAUCAUUGCCCCUAUCAUCAUCACGUUGUGGCGAGGCACUCGACCAGAAAGAGCGGUUCGUGAACAGCUCAAAGAGAUCAAAAAGGAGAACGCCGCUCGAAUGCCUUUAAGCGAGCGCUUCUGGGUCGACGCGAAAGAAUUCUUCUGGAAACUCGAUGUCAUUGGUCCUGUCCUCUUCGUGGCCGGUAUUGGAUUGUUCCUUGUCACCUUGACCUUAGCAAACUCUCGAUACCGAAAGUGGAGUGAUGCACAUACUAUCGCCCAGCUCGUUGUCGAUGUCGUCAUCGCCAUCGGUUUCGUCAUCUGGGAACGUUGGUUCGCCCCAAUCCCCUUGGUCCCAUUUGCUUUGAUGAAAAGGAAAACUGUGGUCGGCUACUGUCUUCUCGCAUUAUUGUAUCCUCUCGCUGGUCGAUGUGUCGCCGUCUAUCUCUAUACAUACUUACAAGUUGCCGCUAAUCAGUCACAACUCUCUGUCACUCGAAUUACCAACUUCCCAUCCAUCCGUGGUUGGGUUACAGCUGUUUUGGGCGCUUUAAUAGCAAGGAGAUUUGGAGUUCUCAAGCCCAUCAUCAUCUUCGGUAUGGCGUUGGAGACUCUUGCAACCGGGCUAAUGCUCAAAUACAGGACUAGUCACAGCUCGCAAGGCGAACUAGCUAUAGUCCAAGUCUUACGAGGGGCUGCCACCGGCUUCAUCUCCUACCCCAUCCAAGCUCUUCUCCAAGCCGCUGCGCCUCAUGAGCACCUUGCUAUUGUCACUGCAGGAUGGCUUGCAAUCUACUACGUUGCCAUGGCAGUUGGCGCGGCCGUCGCCGGUGCUAUGUGGACCAACAUUGUCCCUAACAAGCUUACCGAAUACCUUCAAGGAAAUGCUACACUCGCUGCGGCUGCUUACAGUGAUCCCCUGACAUACGCGACCAAAUGGCCAGUCGGUACUUGGCAGCGAGACGGAGUGGGGCGUGCACAAGAUGAUGCACAACGAGCCAUGGUCAUCGUUGAAGUAUCAUUUCAGGCUGAGCAGAAGCAGAAGAAGGCUCUGACACUCGCCGUUGUCAGAGAUGGGCCCGUCCCAGCUCAGUAG